AUGUUCUCCAUCGUCUACCUUUAUUACAAAGUCCUUGCGUUCUUGAUCAGGCGAUUCAUCGCCCCUAAGAAAAAUACGCAAGCUACGCCAGAUGACGUCUAUCAGAUUCCGUCACGCGACUCAGGACGGACCAUCAAAGCCCACGUCUACCGAAAUGCAACCGCAUCCACAGGGCCGACCCCCGUGUUGAUCAACUUCCAUGGCAGUGGGUUCAUGCUCCCUCGUCACGGAGCCGACGAUGCAUACUGUCGCCAGAUGAGUCGCGAAACCGACCGUACAGUCCUCGAUGUCCAGUACCGCCUAGCACCCGAGGACCCCUUCCCCGCAGCUCUCAAUGAUGCCGAGGAUGUGGCCAAGUGGGUUCUGGGACAGCCCGAGAAAUUUGAUCUUGGCCGUGUCUCUCUGUCCGGCUUCAGUGCGGGCGGUAACCUCUCCCUGGCAGCUGCGGCCAACCUGUUUCCGCCAGAAACCUUCCACUCCGUUCUGGCGGUCUAUCCCGUGGUGGAUCUACAUACGGACCCGGCGUUGAAGACCGCACCGGAUACUUCAGGCAGAGCGAUCCCCGCUGUCAUCUCGAAGAUUUUUGACAGGUGUUACACGCAUGCUGCAUAUGAUACCCGAGACCCGAGGAUAUCGCCGCUUUAUGCAAGCGCAGACCGAUUCCCUGCGCGGGUGAUGAUUGUCACUGCGGCCUGCGACAACUUGGCGCCUGAGGCGGAGGCGCUGGCGGAGAAAAUUGCCAAGGAACCGGGGAAGGAGGUGGUGCGGCAGCGGAUGCAGGGCUGCAAUCACGGCUGGGAUAAAUCUGCUCGCCCAGGAACGGUGCAGGGUGAUGCAAGAGAGAAGACGUAUGCCAUGGCGGCUGCCAUGUUGUCCAGGUAG